GGGACGGGCAACUCUUGCCAAGAAUGCAGUCCAGUCCAGCACAGCAAGGUAAGGUAGGAGGUAGGAGGUAGUAUCAGCACAGUGAUCAUGCACAAUCACAAUUCUUCUUCUCCACAUCACACCACGCACAAUGCAAUGCAGAGAGAGAGGCAGCAGGCCGAGACUGCAUUUCUUUCUCCUCCCAGAAAAAGUGCCGUUGUGUUCUUUGUGCCUUGGUUGUCUUCUGUGAUUGGUUCCACCGACCAGCACGACUUUUUCUUCUUGCGCUAAAAGCGAGGACUUGAACCUAGACCCUUUCCAGCGGCAGUGAAGCAAUUGCGUGCUGGCACGUGACGUCCUAUGGGCGAUGUCGUGAUUGCGAGAUAUUGAAUCGCAAUUACGAAGCAUGUCAAGCACGCAAGACAUGGCAAGCAAAGCAGGUUGGUAAUGCCGGCGUCGCGCGGUAGUCGAAAGGUUCGGUAGGCCAUUCACUCCGUCUCUCUCUCUCUCUCUCUCUCACACACACACACACACACACACACACACCAUCUCUCCCUCUUCCGCUCCUCUCUUCUGUAUUUCCUCUCCAUCACAUCGACAUCACACUCUGCCUUCGGAACCAUCAUCACCAAGUGUGUCUUCGCUGCUCUUCCUACACACUCCAGCCUCAGCACUUGACUCUUUCCAGAAGUGAGGCUCGAAGGCGUGAUUGAGGAGCCACCUCUUACAGACCUCUUACAGAGAAACAUCCUUCUUCGCCUCCAUCCACUACCAACACGACAACAACACCGCCACCAUGGGUUUCCGUGAACGAUCCAGCUCUUCCGACCAGGAGUCUGGGUAUGCCUCGGGCUCAUCCUCUGCCUCUUUGCCAGAGGUCUACUUCACCCGACCACACCUCAAGUACAUCAACGCCACACUCGCCAAACUCGAGCCUCAAAAGGUUCUCGAGUGGUGCGUUAUCACCCUCCCUCACCUCUACCAGACGUCCGCCUUUGGUUUGACAGGUCUGGCAAUUAUGGAUAUGCUCUCCAAGCUCGACUCCAAACCGGACGUCGAGUGCAUCUUCCUCGACACCCUGUACCACUUCCAAGAAACCCUCGACCUUGUGCAAAGAGUCCAAACCCGCUACCCCGAUAUGACUAUCCACUCGUACAAGCCUGAGGGCUGCAACACCACAGCAGAUUUCGAAGCCAAGUUCGGCGAACGCCUAUGGGAAACAGACGACGAGAAGUACGACUUUGUCGCCAAAGUGGAGCCUGCUCAACGUGCAUACCGCGAGCUCGACGUCGCAGCCGUCAUCACCGGUCGUCGGCGCACGCAAGGCGGCAAGCGUGGAGAUCUCGACAUCAUCGAGGUUGAUGAGGCAGGGAUGCUCAAAAUCAACCCUCUGGCGAAUUGGUCUUUUGCCGAUGUGAAAUCGUACAUCGAAGCGAACCAUGUGCCGACGAAUGUCUUGCUCGAGCAAGGGUAUCGGUCGGUGGGUGACUGGCAUUCGACGCAGCCGGUCAAGGAGGGCGAGGACGAGCGUGCGGGUCGGUGGAAGGGCCAGAAGAAGACAGAGUGUGGGAUUCAUAACAAGAGGAGUCGGUAUGCCAUCUUCUUGGAAGAACAGCAGGCGAAGCAGAAGCGUGAGGUGGCCGAGGCGAUUCAGGAUGGGCUCGGUAUGAAGUGCUCGCCGCUCGAUGUCAUUCGCCAGGCAUGAGGAUGACGGGUUGGGUGAUUGGUCCUAUGAUGGACUAGCGGCGGGCCUCGUCGUCGUCGUCGCUGUCGCUGAUGAACUGUAUGAGGAUGGGGGAGUUUUGGGAACCUUUAGUCAUUAGCAUUUGGCGCUGUUUCUGUUUGCUUUCAUGGGAUGGGAUGGUCGCCGCCUCAGAAAGGUGUUGCGAAAAGCGGUGUGUUCCUGCCGCUUUUGUGAAUGAUGACGAAUAGAAUACACCACUGGAGAUGAGAGAGAAUGAGAGAGGGAGAGAGAGACAGAGCGAGUAGGAUAGAUCGCUUUUGGAAUUAAUCAAAAAAGAAAUACUUCUCUGUGCACCUUGGUGUCCUACCAAGGUGCUUGUCUAGCUUCCUCUCCUCUCCUCACCUCCUCACCGUCUUGCCUUUUGUUCCAGGGUGACUACGCUGAUCUCGUGCCUACGAUGAGGGCGGAUGUGUAACCAAAAUGGCAAGACAAUGCUCGGCACGGUUCGCAUCGUGGAUUCAUCUCCCAUCGUACUGAUACAGGAGAGAGAGUAUGUCAGGUAGGCAGUGAAAAGUGAGGCUGAGCCUUCAUGAUCUUCGCCCGAGAUAGUCACGGGGUCCAUAAGGUAGAGCAAGGGUUCCAGACAUCCAGAACGACGGCAUGACAAUAUCUCCAGCAACAAGCCGUUUUCCAACGUCGUAGAAAAGCAGUGAGAAGAAGUGAGAAGCAGAGUGAGAGAGUGAGUGAGAA